CAGUGGUGGCGCUGUGCGACCGCAUUUCAUGGGUAUAAGUAUACUUGUACUUGUACACCUAUCGUAUCUUCGUGGUGAAUAGGUCACGUCAGUGCAUCGUUGACCAAUAACAAAAAUAAAGCCUGAAAAUCAACCUGUGAAGUGCGUCGAAAGAAAUACUUUUUACGUACACGAAGAAAGACUCAUUUUUAACUGAAAUAUCUUGGAAAAUGACGAUAACGCAGAGAAGGUUCGUCUGACCGAAGCGAACAAGACAGCUCCGCUUGACACACACGCAAAAGAAACACAAGUUUAAAGAACCAAACUUAUUUUUAUUGCGACCAACGACCGAAAAUGAGUUCGGGAUUCAUUUCUGAGGCGGAAAUCGCUGAGCAGCGAAAGAUUCGCCAGGAAGAAUGGGAAAAAGUCAGAUCAGCUGAUCAGCCUAUAGAGGCACCCGAGGAGGUCUACGAUCCAAGGUGCCUGUACGAUCGGCUGCAAGAGCAAAAAAACAAGCGAGAUGCAGACUACGAAGAGGCACACAAACUUAAGAAUAUGAUAAAAGGUCUUGAUGACGACGAAGUGGAAUUUCUUGAUCUAGUUGAUAGAACAAAAAUGGAAGAAGAACGUAAAAAAAAUAUGGAAGAGGAAAAAGAAAUGCACGAUUUCAAGGCAGCAGUUGCUUCUUUGCAAGAAAAAAGUUUGGAUGAGCGAUUAAAACAAGAAUUGAAACAACCAGUGAUACAUAAUAAAUCGGCUACUUCUAGCAAUAAAAAUUCUCAACUCAGGUUGCUUGCUGGUGUAGUUGUAAAGAAACCUGCCAAAUCUGAAAGUGCAACAAAAAGAAAACUGUCAGAUAGCGAAGAUAAAGCUGAGAAAACAUCUGAACAAUCUUCAGAAAAACAAGCAAAAAAAAAUAACGAAACAAAGGUACUCGUGCCACCAGAAGAUACAGAGGUACAAACUGGUGCUCUUAAAUGUGUGGCUAUAUUACCAGGACUAGGAUCAUACAGUGAUUCAAGUGAUAGUGAUAAUAGUUCAGAUUCUGAACAAGAAACAACAUGCAAACAAGUAAAAAUUGAUAUGUUAGGUCGAGAAAUCCAACCUCCUAAAGAGAAAGAGGAGGGUCAUUAAUUAUAUGUUAAAUUUAUUAUUUACAAUGUAAACAUUUAUUACUAAAGUAACAAAUUAAAGAAUUUUUUCCAAGUU